AUGUUCGCUCAACAGUACGAUCAUUCGUUCAAUGACUUGUUCAACCAAUACGUGAACAUGGAUACUUCUGCCGCUGAUGGCAACAAAGACUCGUUGUCUGGCGAUUUCGAUCAGCUUUUCCAACUUGACUCAUUAUCAAGUGAAAGUGGCGAUCUCUCACCCACUGUCUCCACUUCUAAACGCCAUCAAUCACCGCAACAUUGGGGCCAGGAGUGGUCCCUGCAGAAUGACGGAGCUGCCGUCGAUCAUUUUGCUACUCUUCAUGACACCGUCCAUCCUUCCGCCAUCUCAGAUCUUGGACAGAGCAACUUCGAAGUCUCCUCUCGCCCUACAGCAACCAACGGUCUCUCUGCCUCACCGUCUACUCCCCCAGCUACUCCCAGACGCAAGCCCACUCAGAGCGCUCUAAUCACUCCCAAGUCUAUCCGCCAUCGCAGCCCUAACGACCGCCGCGCGCUUUUGCGCAAGCAAAGUUUCUCUCCCAGCUUGAUGCGUUCCUCAAACCUUUCCAAAGGAAGAAUGGCAUACCCCGAGGCUUGGGCCCAGCGCAUCCAGAACUUCAACCUUCAUGGUUCAGAAGAUCGUCUCCCGCUGUCCCCUCCUCCAUCAGACGUUCUUAUUCAGCAUGAGAACUUGUCUACUGAACAAACUAUGAACCAAACCAGAGACUCCGCUGAGAUGCCUCCUCAGUUCGACGCACGGAUGAUCCACCCUUCCCCUGCAGUCUCCAUGCCCUCACCAAAUGCUGCUUUGCGCCAACAUCAGCAAUACAUGGGCCACCCCAGCUCUUCCAACCUGACCAACUCCAGCCCUCCUUCCGCAGAUGAUAUCUUCUCUUCAUCUCACUCAUCUGAUCCCCAAUCUCUCUCCUCGUGGCAAUCAGACCCUCUCCAUGCCUCCUCUCUCUCAUUCACCCCAGACCUCCAGAGCCAAGAUACUCAAAGCUGGUGGUCUCCCAUGCCUACUCGGGUCGCUCAGCAACAAGCCGCCUACCUAGCAUCUCCCACACCCCACCGCCCCAUGCAAAGCGUCGGAAGCCAAAAUGACAUGAUGCAAGGAGGUCUCAUGAUCCAAUUCGAUCCCUCCUUCGACAUGUCAGCGGAUUCUUCAUUCUCAUCAUCUAAUAUGAUGCCCACCCAAAAGUUCACUACUCCCUUCACCACCUCCCAGGUUCACCACACCUCCCGCUCUCCAUCCCUCUCUCCCAAGGCCGAGACAUCACCCAAGAAGGCCAACCACCGCCGCCCUCACAGCCGCAAGCUCUCAGGCCAGAGCAUGACCGGCCCCAAGCCCGCCAAGACAUCUGGCUCCUCUCCCCGAGGCUCAAACAAGUCUGUCAGCGUAUCGUUCGUCAACUUUACCGCUCAUGACAGCAAGAAGAUCCUGACUGGAGUUGCUCCCUCCGGCAGCUCCAAGACCAAGGCUCGUCGUGAGCAAGAAGCCCGCGACCGACGUCGCAAGCUGAGCGAAGCCGCACUUCGGGCAGUGCGCAGCGCCGGCGGUGAUGUCGAAGCCCUCGAAGCUGUUCUAUGCUAA